CUAGAAUUAUGACGGAGAACAGCAGCCAACAUAUACCUGGGUUAAAACAGAAGAAAGUGUUUAAAAUUAUAGUUUUAGGUGAUUCCGGCGUGGGUAAAACUUGCCUUACUUUUCGCUUCUGUGAGGGGCAGUUUUUGGAUAAAUCUGAGGCUACAAUCGGUGUAGACUUUAGGGAGAGGAAUGUGCGUAUCAACAAUGAAGAGAUAAAGCUUCAGUUAUGGGACACUGCAGGCCAGGAGAGAUUCCGAAAGUCCAUGGUACAGCAUUACUACAGAAACGUCCAUGCAGUUGUCAUUGUUUAUGAUGUCACCAAACCAGAAACUUUUCAUUCCAUAGCAAGCUGGAUGCAGGAAGUUGAGUCGCAUGGGCUGAUGACGGCACCGCGCGUGCUGGUGGGCAACAAAUGCGACUGCGGCACGCCAGUGUCGCGAUUGGCCACGACCUACGCACAGCGCCUCGCCGACAAAUAUGGAAUGCCUUUGUUUGAAACGUCGGCACUGUUGGAAUCGGAGUGCAACACAGUAGAAUCAAUAUUCAUGACACUGGCCCACAAACUCUACUCCAAGCAGCCUUUGCGCGUCAUCAGUAUUGAAGGCGAACAAGGUCCAGGAGUAGUGACACUUCCUCGGCAGAAGAGCAGGCUGACGCCCACCAACGACUGCCUAUGCAGCUAGGAGCUAUGCUUACACAGAGUUUGACGAGCCUUAUAUGGACAAAGUCUAAAUAUACCCUCCAGUAUCCACCAUCGAUAAAUAUUAACUGAUAACUAUACAAUAUUAUACAAAAAUAAAAUCAGGUGGUCCAUAGUGUGAUCAUAUGCACGUAGAUUAUAAAACAAGACUAAUUUCCUUUUAAAACCGCCCUAUGUCAUGUGCGUGUAUUAAAAAAACGAUAAUUAUUAUUUAAACUAGAUUUAUAUUGCUGAGUUAAAAAAAAAUUUAAGUCACUUUAAAAAAAUAACACCAAUUCGACAUUUUUUACUAGAUGGCGUAGUGAACGCUGAGAUUGAAAGAUUACAUCAAGUUCAAUCAAACAGUGCAUUGAUGUUUAAAGUUAUUGCGAAAGGCACCAUUAUAGGUUUAAAAAUAACUCUACUUCGCAUAUACAGGAAAAUAGGCUUACUUUAAAACUUGGUUGGCAGUGAAGAUAUAAUAUUAUAAAUCGAAACACACUAUACCUGUCUCUACUGUCCCAUCCUAUCGACAGAAUUGGGUUUCAGCGCCAGUGAUGCCAUUUUAGAAUUAUUAUUUAUAAUAUUAUUACCCUAAAGUUUGCGAUAAUCGUGCCAUUACUUCAAGUAUAUAGAAUAUUAUCAAAAUAAUUUUUAUUUGGCAUCGCAGUCUACGUAGCUCAGUCGGAUUAUCCGAUUAAAUUAAAUAUAUGGCUACCAAAAUAAAGAAAAAUAACUUGCCUCAUAAUAAUAUAUAUAUAUAUAAAAAUCAAUAUCACCAUAAUUUCACAUUA